GGAAGUACUGGGCCGGCGCCGGGGGCGGGGCGGACAGCUGAAGGAGAUUCGGGGACGGGGGCAGCCUUAAGGUAUUGUUGCCUGUCCCCGCUCCAUGCGGAAGAUGUUGUUGGCCGUGCUCUCCCGGGUGCUGCAGAGUCCGGCAGCGGCUGCCGCCGCCGCAAAACCGGCCUCCCGAGUGAUGGUAGCAUCGCGUAACUAUGCAGACUUUGCAAAUGAAGCUACAUUUGAAAUUAAGAAAUGUGACCUUCAUCGCCUAGAAGAAGGCCCCAGUACCACCACAGUGAUGACCCGAGAGGAGGGGCUCAAGUACUACAAGACAAUGCAGUCCAUCCGACGCAUGGAGCUGAAAGCUGAUCAGCUGUACAAGCAGAAGAUUAUUCGUGGCUUCUGCCACUUAUACGAUGGGCAGGAGGCUUGCUGCGUAGGGAUUGAAGCUGCCAUAAAGCCUACAGACCAUGUGAUAACAGCUUACAGGGCUCAUGGCUUUACCUAUACGCGAGGAGUGCCUAUUCGAGAAAUUCUCACUGAACUUACAGGGCGAAAAGGAGGAUGUGCAAAGGGAAAAGGAGGAUCAAUGCACAUGUAUGCCAAAAACUUCUAUGGUGGAAAUGGAAUUGUUGGUGCUCAGGUUCCUCUUGGAGCUGGGAUUGCGCUGGCCUGUAAAUACUUUGGUAAAAAUGAAAUCUGCAUGGCCUUAUAUGGGGAUGGUGCAGCCAAUCAGGGCCAGAUAUUUGAAACAUUCAACAUGGCUGCCUUGUGGAAGUUGCCUUGUAUUUUUGUCUGUGAGAAUAACCGGUAUGGAAUGGGAACUUCAGUUGAAAGAGCGGCAGCCAGUACCGACUACUAUAGAAGAGGGGACUUCAUUCCAGGUCUCAGAGUGGAUGGCAUGGAUGUUCUCUGUGUUCGAGAAGCAACAAAGUUUGCAGCAGAACACUGCAGAUCUGGCAAAGGUCCUAUUGUGAUGGAGUUACAGACCUACCGUUACCAUGGCCAUAGUAUGAGUGACCCUGGAAUAAGCUAUCGCACUAGGGAAGAAAUUCAAGAAGUGAGAAGCAAAAGCGAUCCCAUUACUUUGCUGAAGGACAGAAUGGUCAACAAUAACCUGGCUAGCAUUGAAGAAUUAAAGGAUAUUGAUGUGGCAGUAAGGAAGGAGAUUGAGGAAGCAGCUCAGUUUGCUACCACUGACCCGGAGCCACCACUAGAAGAACUUUGUCACCACAUCUACUUCAAUGAGCCACCCUUUGAAGUGCGGGGCCCAAACCAGUGGAUAAGCUACAAGUCUACCAGCUAAAGGACUUUCUACUGUCAUAAUUUAUUCAUAAGAAUAAGUGAAUGUAUUUACAGGAACUUAAAUCAUGGAAUCAUGGAAUAGUUAGGGUUGGAAAUGGUCUCUAGAUCAUCUACUCCCAACUCCUCUGCCAUGGACACCACACAUUAACCAUGUCACCCAAGACUCUUUCCAACCUGGCCUUGAACACUGCCAGGUGUGGAACAUUCAAAGCUUCCUUGGGAAACCCGGACAUGACUCAGAAACUACCCGUAAGCUCUUUUAAAAGCUUGCUCAAAUGAGGAAAUUUGUGGGGAAAUCCAUCUCAGUUUGGAUUUUGUUAAACAUGCUGAAUGUUGUUUCAGAAGGUGUUAAAGCAGCAGCUUACUGAAACUGCUUUUUAUCUGCUUUAUCGACUUGUCUUUGCCCUGCUCUGUUACGUACAGUUAAAAAAAAUCAUUAAACUUCAACACCACUUA